AAAUGAAAAAUAUAUUUUUACAUUGCUUUUAUGUAAUAAGAUUGCCGAACUUUAAUCAAAUUAGAGAUUGUGCCGAUCCUUUUUGUCUGACGUGUUAAAAUCCCGCCAUGUUGAUUUAUUAAUGUAUUUUAUGUCAAAAGCUGUGUCCAAUAAGCGGAAGUGUGUGGCCUCGUUGUUAGUAACUUGAAGCGGAAGUGGGAAGCCGGUAGUGAACCUGUCUUCACUUACGUCCGGCAGACGUGUUUAAAGUCAGCCGCUAAGUUCCAGCCGCUAUCAGUUGAUGUGAAACACAGCAGCAGAACAAUGAGUGGUCGCGGUAAAGGAGGCAAAGGACUCGGGAAAGGAGGAGCCAAGCGGCACCGUAAAGUCCUCCGUGAUAACAUCCAGGGAAUCACCAAGCCCGCUAUCCGCCGCCUGGCUCGCCGCGGUGGAGUCAAACGUAUCUCGGGCCUCAUCUACGAGGAGACUCGCGGUGUGCUGAAGGUCUUCCUGGAGAACGUGAUCCGGGACGCCGUCACCUACACCGAGCACGCCAAGAGGAAGACGGUCACCGCCAUGGAUGUGGUGUACGCUCUCAAGAGGCAGGGCCGCACUCUCUACGGCUUCGGAGGCUAAAGCGGGACUUCAACCAACAACCCAACGGCUCUUUUAAGAGCCACACACAUCUCUAUAAGACAUAAUUCCUGUAUGAUCGGUGUUGGUGUCCCAUUUAACUGCUUGAAUGUUAGAGGUAAUAUAUAUUGAAAUCUUUAACCUCAUUAAAUAAUUGCAGAGAAA